AUGGUAGGGGCUGUCAUUCUAGAGGAUGUGGUGGCCAAGGUCAUGGUGGUCACCAGUACAGCAGGGGUGACGGGUAGGUUGGAACUACUAGAGUACAGCCCGGCAAGGGAAAUGGUCAAACAAGCGAUAGAGCCCAUUGUUAUGCUUUCCCCGGGAGGUUUGUCUGGAGUGCACCCAGUGUUUCAAGUGUCUAUUCUAAAGAAAUAUCAUAGUGAUGGAAACUAUAUUAUUCGCUGGGAUUCGAUCUUGCUUGAUAAGAAUUUUUCUUAUGAGGAGGAGCCUAUAGCUAUUUUUGAUAGGGAGGUCCGGAAGUUGAGGUCAAGAGAGAUUGCGUCUGUGAAGGUUCAAUGGAAGAAUCGUCCAGUUGAGGAGUCCAUUUGGGAGAUUGAGGCUGAUAUGUGUGGAAGAUAUCCACAUUUGUUCAUCAAGUCAGGUACCCUUUUCUACCCUCAUUUUUCUUUUGACCGCUCGAGGAAGAACGGUGGGUAA